GUUCCGUGUAGCAAAUAUCAUUAUUUACGUCUACUACUAGUGCCAAGGCAUGUGUUUUAUCUUCUUCAAUCGGUGGAUCGCCGUCGUCGUUGUCGUCGCUGCUAACUUCCACCGUCGCCGUUGAACUUAAUACUAUCCUCCCUCAGCUUUAUAAAGUCUUCAAUACCACCAGAUCUGUAUGCUUUCAAUCAGAAUAAGAGACGAAAAGAAAGGUCAGAAAUUCAAGAUGAAAUCAGUUUGUGUUGAAGGUUAAGGAUUUUGUGAAAUCAAAAUUUAGGGAUCUAUAAAAUUAGAUGGCCGAUGACAUGAAUGAUGAAAUGGUUAUGGAUCUUGAUUUGAAUCAAGAACCUUUAUUGGACCCGUCACCACCUCCUCCUUUUGGGUAUGGGCCUUUGUUAAAUGAACUGGAGACUGCACACGGUAGGAUCGAGGACCGUAUUAGGCAGCUUGAAGCGGUUACUGCUAGGGCUAGACAACGCCAGCGGUGGCGACAGGCUAGGAACAAUCCGGAAUUGAGUUACAUGACUGUAAUUGAACAAGGUGUUGGUGCAGGAAACGAGAAUCAAGGGGGCAAUGGUGUUGUGGGUGGGGAUAGGGUUGUGGAGGGAAUCGUAAAUGCUGAAGAAAGGGCUGGUUAUGAGAGAGGGAGGAACAGCAAAAGGGAUAUUAGCCAGUUGGCAAAAGCGUUGGAGAUGGAUUUGGAUUCCAAGAAGACUGAUAAUGGUGGAGGUGGUGAUGAUGAUAGUGGGGGUUUCUUUGAUUGCAAUAUAUGCUUCGAUAUGGCAAGAGAUCCUAUUUUGACUUGCUGUGGUCACUUAUUUUGUUGGAGUUGUUUUUAUCAGUUGUCAUAUGUAGAUUCAAGUGCAAAAGAAUGUCCAGUUUGCAAGGGAGAAGUGACUGAUUCGAGUAUUACGCCAAUUUAUGGCAAUGGAAAGAAUCAACCAGUCUUGAAGUUGGAGACUGGGGUGAAAAUACCUCCAAGGCCUCGAGCUCACCGAGUAGAAAGUAUAAGGCAGCAAAGGGUUUUCAGGGGGAUCUCUCAUAUUCCUGUAGCAGAAGCACUUAGAAGGAUUAGGAUUGGAAUUGGUUCUAUUGGGGAAAACCCUCUUCUUCAAGGUCUUAACAGUGUGGGCCCCACUUCUGAAACCAAUCCGUCGUUACACAGUUCAGAAGCAGGGGGUAGUCGUCGCCAUCGUUCUCGCCACUUCUCUAGGGUAAUCUCUGAAAGUGCUGCUUCACUUUCUUCCAUUUCAUCUGCGCUUAAUAAUGCAGAAAGGUUGGUUGAGGAUCUUGAGACCUACAUCAACGACCGUCUUUUGAGGAGGGUGGAUGCACAGAUUCUACCAAAUAAUCAAGAAAGGAACACAUUUCUUGCCAGUACUGCUGAUAUUCAACCAGAGCCCCAGAAUGCAGAGAUGAAUCUCACUGUGCCACUUUCUUCUUCUUCUUCUCAAAGAGCCGUUGCUACUACUGUUGUGCAAUUGGAUAACCUGUCAACCAGUAGUGCUGUAGAGAUUGAUCUGACCAUAUCACAUCCGUCUUCGUCUUCUAGGAGAACUGCUGUUUCACGCACAUUGAGUUUAGAAGGUGGAGCAUCACGUGAACUCAGGAGAAGACGCUUGAGGUUCUAAAAGGCUGCCAUGUUAACCUCCGUAACGGCUGUGUCAGAUGAGGCAUGCGCCAUGGCGUCUUGAGGAGUGUUAAUGGCGUGUGGCUUUUUGAAGGAUUUCUUUACUUCGUUUCGCUUCUUAAUUUUUUUUAAAGUUGGCCUUAUUUCACCUUUUUACAUUGUUUGUAAUUGCCAUCUCUCGUUAUCAUUGAAUAAUAGUAGAAAACUAUGUGUUGUGUGUAUUUUAUAUGAUAUACAAACAUGUCACCUUUAAGCCAACGCCUUGAAAAAUAUCAUGGUCUCGACGUGUGAGGCUUUGACCUUGCUUUCCAUGCCUCAUGCCGUUUAGAACUUUGAUUUACUGUAACAAUUAUGAAUGACUAAUUAGUAUUAGUAUAUUCAUAUUCUUUUGUUUUCUUUUAUUGAUUGAUCAUGCAAGUGAUGCUUAAAGAUGCCCUUCAUAAUGUUAAUAAUUUGCCAUUCUUACGUAAGACGUCCUCGUUCCCCCAAGGCCUCAUUACGAGAUUGGCAAGAGAAGUCUUUG